CGCUCAACAAGGUCCACAGAACACCAAGUCUUACGCAACUAUUGAGAUUGCACCAUGCGGCCAAACAUUAUAAACGCGUGGAUCAACGACACCGAUAUUGCAUUAUCUGCACAUUCGCCGCGUCUGUCGCUAUCGAGGAAGCGGAAGGCGAUCACGACCCCUCCAAUUUCUCCGAAGCGACGUGCUGUUCUCGGCGAGUUGCCCGGCGCAAACCCCAACCGGCAAGCCACGAUGCAGGACAAUGACCAUCCCAAGGUCAAAUCUUCUUCAACGCCGACGCUGCGCGAAGCACCGAGGAAAACACUGCGAACACCAUCCCCCACGAAGCGCCAGAAGCUGCACCAUGCCAGAGAAGCUACAACAUUCGACGAAUCCUGGGAGAACCAAGUCCCGAGCGACUUUCAAGAUGCCACCCCGAAGGCUUCCAAUAUCCUCCGCAACCAACGAGAACAAGGCGUGCUCCCGCUCCGCAGCAACCCCCCCAGCCAGCUCCUCCAGCAUACGUAUUUCCAGGCGCUCUCCGACAGCUCCGAGCCCGUCACGUCCCCAUCCCGAGAGCCAUCGUCCGCCAGCGGCACGUCGAAGAGAUCAACAAGUCCCGUUAAGCGCGUGCUUGCACUACAAGAUGUCGGUGGCGGGAUCCGAUUCAUGGACCUCGGGGAUGACUUCCGAGAGCUGGGGGACCACUGCAGGGGCCUGUUCCUAAACCUCCGCGACGACGCGAGCGGGCAACAAGUCGUCCCGGCUGCGGUUGCCAAGCGUGUGCAGGGAGACGCGCUUAUUCGGCCGUAUCACAUCGACAACGAGGAAGAGGGCCAGCAUUCCGAAGCAGCGCUCCUCGCGGAGCUUGCGGCGGUCCGGAAGAUCAAUCUGUCGUCCCGACGUUGCUCCCGGGAUGGCGAGAGCGAGGGCGAGUGGAAUACCGCCGUGCACGCCGUUCUACUCCGCCUGGCGAUACUUGACGACACGGAAAAGUUCGGAUCGUUCCCGGUUGGUUUCAGAAACGUAACGAGCGCAAGGAUAGAUCCCCGCUGGAUGCCGCGGCAUGCCUCGGGGCUAGCCACUCCGGGUAAGAUGGUUGACUUCGCCAUCUGUCUCGGCCCCGACGAUGACGAAGAGGGCACCGGCGACCCUCCGAGGCCAUACACCUGUCCCACAUUGCGACGUGUCUCGAGCAUCAUAACAGACACCCUUUCAUUCAUCAACCACACAACCCACCCGAGCCUUCGCCAUCGCCCCAUCGCCGUCAGCGUCGAGACCAAGACCAUUAGCCGCACCAAGGAAGAGGCGCAGGUCCAGCUAGCCGUCUGGGUCGCCGCCCAAGUCUAUCGAAUACGCCAUCUCUGCGAGCAGACGGGUUGCGACUCCGACUCGGCCCUGACGCUGCUGGAGGCCAUGGCAUUUCCUCUUCUGUACGUUCAAUCGGCGACGUGGACUGUCCUUUUCGCCCGGGCGUCUAGAUCGAGCGGACGAGAGCUCUCCUUGACGAUAUAUUCCGGUGUACCCUUGGGCGACACGUCCUCGUUGAUCGGUACUUAUUGCCUCAUCAAAGCCCUCCGGAGGUUGCGAGAGUGGACCGAUGGUCCCUUCCGGAUUUGGUGGGAUCAAGUGCUUGACUGUGCUGGUGCUUCUGGCUGUUCGGGUUCAUAGGCCUCGCAAUUAACGGGAGGAUUUGGCAA